CGAAGUUGGAAUGAUGCGUGCUGUAGUCGUUUUAAUAUUCGCAUUAUUUUUUGGAUGCAAUGCUGACAAUCUCCAAAGCGUUGCUCGAGGCAAUGAUGAAUUUACCGUAAAUACAUUCAAGGAACUCAUAAAAUCACCUGAGAAUAAUAACAUUAUUAUUAGUGGAUUGUCUGCAGAAAUCAUAUUAUCUUUGCUUGCAAAUGGAGCCAGAGGAGAGACGCAAACAGAAUUGUUGGAUGUUUUGAGGUUACCCCGAAACAUAGAGGGUAUCAAUAAAGCGUACGCGGAGAUAACAUCUCGCCUAAAAGUAAACCAAAAAGUAUUUAAGUUGUUAUCAGCAAACAAAGUUUAUUCAGCUCAAAACUUUUUGAUUGAAAAAACGUUUAAUCAUAUUGCUGUUACUGACUAUGACUCAGAAGUACAAAAUGUAGACUUUUCCAAGUCUACAGAGGCCGCUAAUUUGAUCAAUGAUUGGGUUGAACAAAAAACUAAUAACAAAAUCAAAAAUCUUAUAGAUCCUAAGACGUUGAAUGCAAAUGUAUUAUUAGUGUUAGUCAAUGCCUUAUACUUUACCGGAGAAUGGAAAUAUCCUUUCAACAAAAAGUUAACGACUGACGAAUUGUUUUACAGUUCACCCACUGAAUCUAAAAAAAUUCCAACCAUGCUCAUAGCAUCACCAGCCAAAUACGCUUACAAUGAAAAACUUCAAGCUAAAUUUUUGGAGCUUGAAUUCAAGGGUAGCAAUGUUAGUAUGACCUUUGUCUUACCCGACGAAAUAAAUGGAUUAGCAGCUGUUGAAGAAAACCUACAAGACUACUUAGCUCCUCAACAAAUGAAAUAUGAACAUGUUACCAUACAGUUACCCAAGUUUAAAAUCGAAAAAACAAUUGAUUUUAAACCCAUCCUGCAAUCGUUAGGACUUAAAAAGAUUUUUGAGGUGCAAGGUGACCUCACUGGAAUUUCCAAGGAAAAACUAAUGGUUUCCGAAAUUCUACAAAAGGCAUUUAUUGAUGUUGAUGAAAAUGGAGUGGAAGCUGCAGCUGCUACAGAAGCUAAAAUUAUUGCUGUGUCUAACUUUCCUCCAAAGGAGAAUUAUAAAUUUUUCGCAAAUCAUCCGUUUCUAUUUUAUUUAAAAAGUGAUGGACUAACCUUAUUUGCUGGAAAAUUUAGUAAAUAUUAAAAUUAUAGCAAAACUAUGUGUAUUUAAAAAUUAUAAGUUUUAUUUUAAUUGUGG